GCCUUCAAAUCUCCCUGUGUAUCCUCAUGCUCUUCCUUCUGUACGGCCUCCACAAUCGGAGCCACCUCCGGCUGUCGUCGCUGCUCCAGUUGCCGCCGGCCCCAGUGCGGAGAGCCUGGCGGAUCUCAGAGCGCAACUGGAUACAACACAAAGCUCGUUGACGACGCAUGUUGAAAAGAUUCGUGCAUUAGAAGGCGUUUUUUCGGAGCAGGAAGCACUGAAAGAGGAGGUGCGCACAUUACGGGACCUUGUCGGCGUUUUGCAGCAGGGAUCUCGGUCGGUUGGCGAAUCUGGGGAUCACUUCGAUGAUAUGGAGGAGGAGGUGGAUCUCGAUGACGAUUCUGACGCGCGUAGUAUCGCGACCGUGAUUCCGCACUCCCUCGAGCCUGUGGACGAAGAAGACGAGGAGGAUCGAGAUGAAAUGUCGCACGAGGAAACGCUUUCGGAAUCGUCGCAUGACAUUGAUAUGGAGGCAGUCGAUGAUCGGGAACAUGCACGACCUCGGACCCCCGAACCGGGUACGCUCGGCAUGGGUCGAGGAGCUCGAUCGUCGACAUUGCGAAGUCCCAUACAGCCAUCGUCCUCGUUGACCCCAUCCUCGCCGACUGCCUCGAGCUCGAAUCAUCACGUCAUACACGAGCUGACGACUCGUCUGGGCCAGAUCUCGAGCCAACUGGAGUCGGCUCUUUCUAUCUCGUCCACGCUGCAGGCCCAGCAUGCUGCUGCACAAGAGACCAUCAUUGCGCUUGAAGAAAAAGUGAAGCGGCUGGAAGGGCUUGUUUCCGCCGUCACAUCAGAGAAGACGCCCCCGGAUGUGCCGGAAACGGUCACCUCGGCUCUCAAUUCGCUCAAAAGCUCUCUGCAAGGGCAGUGGUCUUCAGAAUGGGCGCAAGAACGAGAACGGUUGAAACGUAGUCGUGAUGAAUGGGAGACUCAGAUGCUGGGCUUGGUGGAUGAACGCAUCAAGGUGAAGUUGGCCAAUCACACUUUGUUCGGGCCACCUGCCAAGUCGGUGUUUUAUCCACAUGGCAAUGGUGGGCUAGUGACACCUCCUAGUCCUCGGAGCUUGUCGGCCGACUCGAGUCCUGGCCGUCGCCGUAGGAGGCGCAGCUCAAGUCGGGGACGGUCCAGUUCUCCCAAGGGAAGCGGGAACUCGGACGGGUCCUCGGCUGACAGCGUUGGCUCUGAGGAUGCCAUCACAGAGCUGGCAAAGAAUGCCCGAGUGGUGUUGGCUACCCCGGCACCUUCAAUCUCCUCUUCUGAUGGGCGGUCACUCAACUUCGCGGAAACGCCGUCAGCCGAGAAAACGCCUGCUGCCGCGGGCCAGACGAUGGGCUCCUCAGACCGAAAUAUUCAAAUCCAGACCGCGCUAGGCGUGCUAGUUUUAAGUAUGGCGGCAGCGGCGGUGAUAUGGCGGGUCAAACCCGAGUGACGAAAUCCAUGAUGAUUUAUGAUAUGCUAUCGCAGGACCCCUUCGUUUUUAUUCGCUCUCACUUUCCCUUUACCUUACGCUCUGCACUAUCCAUUUUUGUACAAUUAACAUUGAUCCUGCAUGACCCAAGAAGUUCC